AUGCAUGUUUCUGACAAUAAACUGCAGAGUAAUUCAGAUAAAGAUGAUGCUCCAAUGAAAGAUAAUGUCAACAUUGGUGCGUGUGAGAGUGUUAACGCCCCUGGGGAUGCAAAAGGAAAGAAGGCCACUGUGAAGGAAGAAGAGGCCCCAGAGAUGAAGGAAGAAGAGGCCCCAGAGCCUACCAAAAAUGCCAAAGCCAGAGAAGCGGCUCAGAUAGUUGCCCAAGCAACGAGUGUCAGACACCGCCAGCUGGCUGCGACACAGAAGAGUCCGUUCUUAGGAAACAGCACCGCAAAGGCCAUCAUUCCAUCGUCGGCAUCUCACUCCGGCCGUCGCCGUGGAUAUGAUCCUUUUGAUCAAACCGGUGUCAAGGCGAAGCAUAUUACUCUAAUGAACUUUAUCAAAUCAAACCCUGCCUAUCCAAAACGCCCAAGACACUCUUCGAUCGAGUGGUAUUACAUUCUCCGGACACCGACGAAAUGGCUAGCUGAUACGCACAUGGAAGCUUACAUUAACCUACUCAGGCUGCGAUUAUCCAAGCAUUCGGAGUGGCGUGACUACAAAGACUUCAAAAACUCUGACCCGAAUGCAGAUGGGUCUGGCAAACUUCUACCGCCUGGAGCAUAUUCGUACUACACUGGCGAAUUACCUAUCUACUGCCAGACUAAGAAGACGUGGGCAUAUGAUGUCAACUAUUUGUACUCCAUGUUGCACAUUAGGGAGGACCAUUUGGUAGCUAUACAUGUCUCAUUUGUGUCGAGGCAUAUCACGAUAUGGGAUAGCCAUGCGAGAACCAAAUAUGCAUCUGACGAACAAAUUGCCGAAGCUGUGGAGCCUCUUGCGGUUAUGAUACCCUACCUUCUUCAGACAUGUGCAUCUGACGAUGACAAGUGGAGAUUCCCCUACACGCCGUUCACCCAUUCGCGAGUACCAGGUACGGAGAUACCUCAAAACAUUCAGAGUGGUGAUUGCGGAGUGUACUGCCUGAAGUACAUCGAGUGUCAUGCAUUGGAUUUGCCAUUUCCUCCGGAACUUUGCGAUAAAAACAUUCGAAAAAUCAGGGAGAAAAUGGCUGCAGAGCUAAGUAGUUCAAUCACUUACUAA